UCCGCUUUGCAGUGGCUUCUGGGUAGCAAGCUGGUUCGGCGUGCGGCGCGUAUUCUCGUCUUCGAGUCCGUUUGCACCGGGUGGAAGUAAAAUGGCGGCCGCAGCAGCUGUUGGCCCCGCGGGGUUGUCUACCGGGUCUAACCGUAAGCGCCUAAUGCGGGAAGAAGACAUGACCAAAGUGGAGUUCGAGACCAGCGAGGAGGUGGAUGUGACCCCCACUUUCGACACGAUGGGGCUCAGGGAGGAUCUGCUCAGAGGCAUAUACGCUUAUGGGUUUGAGAAGCCUUCCGCCAUUCAGCAGAGAGCAAUUAAGCAGAUCAUUAAGGGGAGAGAUGUGAUUGCACAGUCACAGUCUGGUACUGGCAAAACGGCAACAUUUUGUGUGUCUGUUCUUCAAUGUUUGGACAUUCAGGUUCGUGAAACACAAGCUUUAAUUUUGGCUCCAACCAGAGAAUUGGCAGGCCAGAUUCAGAAGGUUCUCCUUGCCUUGGGUGACUACAUGAAUGUGCAGUGCCACGCGUGUAUUGGGGGGACCAAUGUAGGAGAAGAUAUUCGCAAACUGGAUUAUGGUCAGCAUGUUGUUGCUGGAACACCUGGCCGUGUCUUUGAUAUGAUCCGACGCAGAAGUUUGAGGACGCGUGCCAUUAAGAUGCUAGUUUUGGAUGAAGCAGAUGAGAUGCUUAAUAAAGGAUUUAAAGAGCAAAUUUAUGAUGUGUACAGAUAUCUGCCACCUGCCACCCAAGUUUGCCUGAUCAGUGCUACCCUGCCACAUGAGAUCCUGGAAAUGACAAAUAAAUUCAUGACUGAUCCCAUCCGUAUCCUGGUGAAACGUGAUGAGUUGACAUUGGAAGGAAUUAAGCAAUUUUUUGUGGCUGUGGAGAGAGAAGAAUGGAAGUUUGAUACCUUGUGCGACUUAUAUGACACGCUGACCAUUACACAAGCGGUCAUCUUCUGCAACACCAAAAGAAAGGUUGACUGGUUGACAGAGAAAAUGAGAGAGGCCAACUUUACGGUGUCUUCAAUGCAUGGUGAUAUGCCUCAGAAGGAGAGAGAGUCAAUUAUGAAAGAGUUCCGAUCCGGAGCCAGCCGAGUACUUAUUUCAACUGAUGUAUGGGCAAGAGGUUUGGAUGUUCCUCAGGUAUCUCUGAUCAUCAACUAUGAUCUACCAAACAACAGAGAAUUGUACAUUCACAGAAUUGGUCGUUCAGGUCGAUAUGGAAGGAAAGGUGUUGCCAUUAACUUUGUGAAAAAUGAUGACAUUCGUAUCUUGAGAGAUAUUGAGCAGUACUACUCUACCCAGAUUGAUGAAAUGCCCAUGAACGUUGCUGAUUUGAUUUGAAGAAAUGGAUAGAAUGCCGUUUACAGGAAAGGAACUGCAAAGUGAAGAUUUCACGACAGCGUUUUAUUUUGGGACUGGUUUCAAUAGCAGAGCAAGUUUUAAUUAUUUAACUGUUACUAGAUUCAGCAUACAUACAAUUGGUAACCACUGUAAAUACUUUUGGUGACACCCUCCCCUUUUCCAAUAAAAAGAAAAAAACACAA